UGGGCUGACAUGUCAUUUGAGCUUGAGAAAGUAAGGGGCAAACUUGGGAAGGACAGACUUGGAUCUCUCUGAGCCCGUGAGCUUUUUAAAGAAAUCAGUGGAGAUCCCUGAGAGGCGUGUGUGUGGGGGCGUGUGUGUGUGUGUUUGCAUGAAACCGUAAGACAUUACUUACAUAAGGCGAUUCUACAGCUGCCUAAAACUCAUCAGGUGUUUGUGCUAACAGGAAGAAUGCUGGAACAUUGCCUCACAUUUGGUCGCUCCCUUGUGAGGAGGAAGAAUGUGGACCAGGACUGUCUGGAAGAGUCCAAGCUGUGCCGCUGCCUCUCCACUGUUGAUCUGAUUGCCCUCGGGGUGGGAAGUACACUUGGGGCCGGUGUCUAUGUGCUCGCUGGGGAGGUGGCCAAAGGCAGUUCUGGCCCCAGCAUUGUGGUGUCCUUCCUCAUCGCUGCACUGGCAUCUGUGAUGGCCGGCCUGUGUUAUGCCGAGUUUGGUGCGCGGGUACCCAAGACGGGCUCGGCCUAUCUGUACAGCUAUGUGACCGUGGGGGAGCUCUGGGCCUUCAUCACAGGAUGGAACCUCAUUCUGUCAUACGUCAUAGGGACGUCUAGUGUGGCGCGUGCCUGGAGUGGGACGUUUGAUGAGCUUAUAGGGGGCCACAUUGAAAAGUUCUGCAAAAUGUACUUCAAAAUGAGUUUGCCUGGCCUGGCAGAGUACCCUGAUUUCUUUGCUGUCUGCCUGAUCUUACUACUGUCAGGUCUUCUCUCCUUUGGGGUGAAAGAAUCAGCUUGGGUCAACAAAAUCUUCACAGCUGUAAAUGUGCUUGUGCUGUUGUUUGUUAUCAUCUCUGGAUUCGUCAAAGGAGACUCACUCAAUUGGAAUAUAUCGGAGGAAUCUCUCGUAAACGUUACCAUUGUCAAAAGGAAUCUCUCACACACUGCUAAUGUCACUAGUGAUUACGGGGCAGGGGGAUUUUUGCCUUAUGGCUUUGGUGGGACACUGGCAGGUGCCGCCACCUGCUUUUAUGCCUUUGUGGGAUUUGAUUGCAUUGCAACCACAGGUGAGGAGGUGAAGAAUCCCCAGAGGGCCAUUCCCAUUGGGAUAGUUGUUUCCCUGCUGGUCUGCUUUCUCGCCUACUUUGGUGUGUCAGCUGCCCUCACCCUCAUGAUGCCCUACUACCUGCUGGAUGAGAAGAGUCCCCUGCCUUUGGCUUUUGAAUAUGUGGGCUGGGGGCCUGCGAAAUAUGUUGUAGCGGCAGGAUCACUCUGUGCUUUAUCGACCAGCCUGUUGGGUUCUAUGUUCCCUCUUCCCCGCAUUCUGUUUGCCAUGGCACGAGAUGGCGUGCUAUUCAGAUUUCUUUCCAAAGUGAGUAAGCGUCAGUCGCCAGUGGCUGCUACUAUGGCAGCGGGCACUACCGCGGCUAUUAUGGCUUUCCUGUUUGACUUGAAAGCGCUGGUGGACAUGAUGUCUAUUGGAACCUUGCUGGCAUACUCUUUGGUGGCAGCUUGUGUUCUAAUCCUCAGGUAUCAGCCGGAUGCUGUGUUUGAGAGGUCUAGGAUCAGUGAAGGCAAGGAAGAGGUUGGUGAGUCUGAACUGACAGAGUCUGAGUCUCAUCUGAACAUGCUGAAGGAUGGAAGCAUAACCCUGCACUCUCUGCUCAACCCUCCACUGCUGCCCACCGAACAGACCUCCACUGCCGUCAACAUGUCUGUUGUGAUCAUGGUGUUUGUUGUGUGUGUCAUUAGCACACUCAACACAUACUACGGACAGGCCAUUAUUGCUAUGGAGCCUUGGGCCCUGGGGGUCUUAGGCGCAUCUUUGUUCAUCUUCAUCAUGUGCAUCCUUCUGGUUUGCAAACAACCUCAGACGAGGAAGAAAGUUUCAUUUAUGGUUCCUCUGUUGCCCUUUCUACCCAUCUUGAGUAUAUUUGUCAACGUGUAUCUCAUGGUUCAGCUCAGCGGAGACACGUGGAUCCGUUUCUCCAUCUGGAUGGCUAUAGGUUUCCUCAUCUAUUUUGGAUAUGGAAUGUGGCAUAGUGAUGAACGUAAGAAGCAUCUACAGAACUGUGGUGUUGCGGCGGAGAAAAAGACACUGACAGAAAACGACGGCACUGUGGAGUAUGUGAUGCACAUAGAGAAGACUACCCCAUGUUAAAGAACAGCAGAUAAACUAUAAUAGUAACUAGCUGUUAUCCACGGCAUUCACCGACCAGCUGAUAGACCUGCAAUCUGUGUAUUCAGCUCUGCCUUUACAGAACCUGCCAUCAUGAACAAUCACUGUAACACCUCUCAGUGACGAUGCUCUCAUCUGUGAUUUGAUAGUAGGACGUUAGGGGUGUGCAAUCUGACAAUGAUGGACAAUGAAAAUUCAAUGCAUUGAUUAUAGAAUUGAUUCUGUACCCAAUAUAAACUGAUAUUUGUGACUUUGGAUAUAAAACAUACAUAAUUAUGAAUAGAAGCAAAAUAACUGAACAGGAAUAGUGACCAAAUCUCUUUCUUUUUUAAAAUCUUACAUUUCAUUAAUUUCAUUAGUAAAUAAUUACAAUAGCAUUGAAUUGUUGUCAGAGCAAAUAUUUUCACCCCUGUAAGACAUACCUCUGAGUAUAAGCAAUUUGCUUUUUAAAUGUGUUUUAAAGAGAAAGGGAAAGCAUUUUUUGUUUGUUUGUUUUUGCAUGAAAGUAUUAAGAUUUCCACAGACAGUAUCUUAAGAUUACUUCCACUGUUAGUUUGUUAAAAAUAAAUAAAUAAAUAAAAAAAACUAUAAUAUACUUGGUUCUAAAGACGCAUGUGGUAAAGUGGCAUUAUUAAAUAAUGUGGAACACCAGAAAAAAUAUUGGUAAAGCCAUGAUUAAUGGUGAAUGUCCAUCUUCACGGCAUGUCUACAUGCUUGACUGUCUUGUUAAAGUGUUUAAUUCUAAGAUUUAGAAUUAAUUCUUUUAACUUACUGUAUGUGCCUGAGCUGUUUGGAUAACACUAUUUCAUGUUUUCUCGUAUUCUGAUAAACACUACUUUUUAUCUUAAUCUAUGUUACAUGUAAUUGUCGCUGAAUGUUUGACAGGGAUGUCUUACAAUGUACAGUAUUCAUCUGUUGUUUAACAACCAGAAGGUCUGAUGAUGUUGAAGAGGAGCAAGUACGUAUGUAUGUUUUGUCUUGUAAAAUUAUCUUGUUUCACUUUAUUUACUUUCUAGAUUUUUUACUCUACAAUGAACUAAUCAGACAUUUUCAGAAACGUUAUGAUGAAUAAUAAACAAUCUACACUA